UUCUGUGAGCGCGUGGAGGACGGGGCGGGGCGGGGCGGGCGCAGCCGGGGCUGAGACUGCAGGGCCGCUCCCCUCACCCGCCCCCUUCGAGUCCUCCUCGGGCUUCGCCCCACCCGGCCCGUAGGGGAGUAUCUGUCCUGCCGCCUUCGCCCACGCCCUGCACUCCGGGACGGUUCCUGCGCGGUCUGGGCGCACCAUGGCCCGCGGGGCUGCGCUGGCGCUGCUGCUCUUCGGCCUGCUGGGUGCUCUGGUCGCCGCCCCGGAUAAUGAUUUCGAUUUGUCUGAUGCCCUUCCUGGCAAUGAAGACAAGAAACCCACUGCAAUCCCCAAGAAACCGAGUGCUGGGGAUGACUUUGACUUAGGAGAUGCUGUCGUUGAUGGAGGAAAUGACGACCCACCACAACCGAACCCACCCAAACCGAAGCCGAAUCCAAACCCCAACCACCCUAGUUCGUCUGAUAGCUUUUCAGAUGCUGACCUUGCGGAUGGCGUUUCAGGUGGAGAAGGAAAAGGAGGCAGUGAUGGUGGAGGAAGCCACAGGAAAGAAGGGGAAGAGGCCGACGCCCCAGGUGUGAUCCCCGGGAUUGUGGGGGCUGUCGUCGUCGCGGUGGCUGGAGCCAUCUCUAGCUUCAUUGCUUACCAGAAAAAGAAGCUGUGCUUCAAAGAAAAUGCAGAACAAGGGGAGGUGGACAUGGAGAGCCACCGGAAUGCCAAUGCAGAGCCAGCUGUUCAGCGUACUCUUUUAGAGAAAUAGAAGAUCGUCGGCAGAAACAGCCCAGGUGUUGGCAGCAGGGUUAGAACAGCUGCCUGAGGCUCCUCCCCGAAGGACACCUGCGUGAGAGCAGAGAUGGAGGCCUUCUGUUCACGGCGGAUUGUUUGUUUUAAUCUUGCGACGCGCUUUGCUUGUUGCUGGGCGGGUGGUGUUCACUAGCGAUGAAUUUUACAUCCAAAGGGGGAUAGGCACUUGGACCCCCAUUCUCCAAGGCCCAGUGGGGGCGGUUUCCCGUGGGAUGUGAAAGGCUGGCCGUUGUUAAGUCCCCGUAACUCAAAUGUCCACCCCACCGAGGCACCCCCCCGUCCCCCAGAAUCUCGGCUGUUUACAAAUCACGUGUCCAUUGAGCACGUCUGAAACUUCCCUGGUAGCCCUGACUUUUUUUUUAUUAAAAUAAGGUAAGCCCUUCAAUUUGUUUCUUCAAUAUUUCUUUCAUUUGUAGGGAUAUUUCUUUUUCAUAUCAGACUAAUAAAAAGAAAUUAGAAA